AUGGCCGAGUUACGCACCAGCCAGCGAGUGCCACUGCGCUGUACAGAAUGCGCGCAACGCCGCAUCAAAUGUGAUAAGAAAAUCCCUUGCCGCAGAUGCAUCGCUAACCGCUGCGCCCACCUCUGCGUCCGCGAAGUUGUUCGGGUGAGAGGUAAACCGACUGUUCCUUCAGCGCGCGCGCCGAUAGAAGAUGCCAAUGCCUCGCUAGCUCGGCAGAACUCGAGGUUACAGGAGCGGGUGGCUGAGCUCGAGCUCGCUCUAACGUUGAGCUUGCGGGGCCGAGCCGGAGCGCAACGAUUCAGCGUCGGUAACGGCUCGCCCAGCAAUGACAGGCCAAUGCCGACUGCUGGGCAUCAGGCUACUGCCUUUGAGGAGGUUGGAGCCAUCCUAGAUGAGUGGAAUCUCGGCCGGCUGAAGCAGGAGAAAUUGGGAAAGCCAACUUCGGAAAAUGACUUGCACUUCCUUGUCGAGACCCUUAAAUCCGUCCCAGAUAGCUCGACGAGCACCCGAAUCGUCGAGUUCUCCUUGCAGAUGUUGGGAUGGAUCCACUAA